AAAAUAUUGUUUUUGGAAUGUCGGUCUCAGGGGUUGGUCUGUAUUGGCCUAUUGUGUAGAUGCUAUUGUGUAUUCCAUGGCUGAGUGAUGAACAAAAAUCACCGUCCCUCAUUUUCAAAAGAAACUAUUUGAAUGGGACAGCAAGUUUUUAUACACACUCACCCCCUUUAAAAAGGAAGAUAACACCACCAAAAUCACCGACCGUGAUGUAUUUCCGUGUAAGCUAUUUCAGGAUGUCGGGCUAGUAUUCCUGAUGAACUAUUAUGUUAUUUUUGCCAAACACAUUGAAUUGACUUACUACCAUGUUUUGCCAAUUUUGUGGAAAGUGAUGUUUGAUUGACGCCGUGGAUUGAAAAGUUGUCACGAUCAUCAUGACAAUUAAAUGACUGAAAUUUGGCAUGUUUGGUGUAGUCGGAUAUAUCAGAAGCACUGCAAUAGAAAGCUUCUUCCGCCGUGUGCAAUCUCCAAGUCACCCAUAUCACUGGACAUCGUGCGUAUAUCUAAAGAAUAUGGCUACUAUCAAGAUGAUCAUCAUAACUUUACUUCUUGCAUACUGCGGGGACAACAACUUCGUCAGUGGUGUAAUAACAGAUGUACGUCUUGUUGGCGGUCCAUCUCCUGAUAAAGGGACAGUACAGAUAAUGCAAGAUAUUGGCACAUGGAACACAACAUGUGGAAUAAAUUUUGAUAUUAAUGACGUCAUUGUCAUUUGUAAGCAAUUGGGGUACACGGGGGCAAACAGAGCAAUAAUAAGCACGCCAUAUGGACAAGAUUCAACUCCACAAACAGGGCUACGUUGUAAUGGUGAUGAAAAAAAUUUAGCAGGGUGCGAAUUGCUUCCGGCAUCAACUUGUCAAAGCGCUGGAGCAGCUUCAUGUCAUGGCGAAAAUUAUCUUGGAUGUUAUGGUGACAAACCUACUGACCGAGUUUUCCCUGGCGACAGUUUACUUAGUGAUCCAGAUAUGACUAUUUCCUACUGCAUACAGUACUGUAACAGUAUAAUCACAUCUAACUAUGUAUACGCGGGCGUUGAAAAUGGCAAUGAAUGUUUCUGCGGCGAAGAAGGUGAUAACUACACUAAGCAUGAGGUAGCAUCAGACAGGAGCUGUCAAACUGCAUGCCAGGGGAACGAUACCGAGAGCUGUGGCGGUUCAGGAUACAUAGCCGUCUUUAGAAUUCCUAGUCCGACUACAGCUAGCCCAGAUGUAAGUCCUACCAUCUCCAUGGUAACGGGGAGUGGCACCCCAACAACAGCACCUCCAAUUACGACAGCGAUGAGCCAGUCACCGGUAGACCGUCCCAGGAAGGGUGGCGAUGGUGGUGAUAUAGGAUUAUACGCUGGUGUCGCCGGCGGUGUGGUUGUGGUCAUCAUCAUCGUCAUCGUUGUGGUUCUUUGUAUGAGAAAACGAUCCCGGAGGGAACAAAAAAGGGUACCACAGUCACAAGGCAUGACCAUGAUGGAACCUUCAAGCCCGAACAGCACGCAGGAUAACCUCUACCACGACAUGUUCGUAGACAUGACAGAUGAAUCCCUGCAGGCUCCCCCGGAAUCUUCCACGGAUAACGAUGUUACCUAUUACUCUUCCAUGACGGACAGAGAGCAGCCAGGAACCGAGGAUACCUACUAUUCGUCUGUAAAAGAGCACGGAAAUACGGAUGAACCGCACACAGAAGAUGGCGGUUCGCCUGAUAAUGCAGCAGCGCCAAUGCCAUCGAAUGGCGGCAUUCACGAACUGUACGCCACGCCGGACAAGACGACGAAAAGCAAGCAGCAGGAGGAUUUUGGCGCGCUUUACGCGAAGCCUGACAAGACGGGGAAGGGUGGUGACGGACAGGCUCCGGAAGACUUCGCCGCGCUAUACGCAAUGCCCGACAAGAGCCGAGGAACGCCGGAAGGUCGCGAGGAUGUCGAUACAAACCCAGCAGGACUGGAAAAUAGGGAAAAUACCGAGGAGGGACCCUACUCACUGGCUGAUAAUGACGAUACAGGACUUUAUGCCAUGUCAACCGCACCGGGACAUAUAGUCAGCGAAGAUCCGGAUGAAUAUGGCAUUGUCAUGGUUGAUAAUGAGCUAUAUGCUAUGUAGGCUCGUUAUUUUUUGAUAUUCUUGCGAGAACAAAUAUGAACUGAACAUAUAUCCGCCAUGUUGAGCCAAGUCCAUUCCAGCAAUAAUUUUAUUUGGAUCAAUAUGGAAAACAUACUUGUAAUGUCCUCAAUAGGAGAUGGUAUGCACGUUUUUGAAACUUCAUUUUUUUUCUACUGUAACAAAUCAAUGAUGUACAUCACAUGGACAGUGUUUACACAAGAAAGUCCGAAAUGUGACAUAAACAAUUUCCUUUUGCAAUUUGUCAAUGAAAUGAUUUUAAUUAUUUUAUAUUCAUAAGCGCAAACAUGGUGGUGACUCCGACAGGGCGCCCCGCUGUUCGACCGUGUUCUAGGCCUACUGUUUGUCCCACCUUAGAUGGAACACAUUUUAUUACUAUGCUUAAAUCAUCAUGAACACUGUAUCAAUACUCUGAACGUAAUAUAAUAGCUGUAUUUAUCUAACCAUGAACUUUUAUUUUCAAGGAAAUCUACAGGUAUUUUCUUGAAAUGAAACAUUUUACAUUUUUGUCUCACCUGCAUAGCAGAGUGAGACUAUAGGCGCCGCUUUUCCG